GCUGCCUCUGGAAAGACAAGUCUGGGAGUUCAUUGCUCCACAGCAGAACUCUCCCGAGCACCUGGGACUGCUCCAUGCCUGCAGUGGGAACUCUGAGGUUGGCUGCUUUCCAGUGCUCCUGCUCUCCUGUCCGGAGUGACCUUCCAAGGAGGAACAGUCCAAGCUGGAUUGUUCUGUGGACAAAGGUCUGUUCCCGUGCUGUGGGACUCUGUGUGCCACAGGAUGAUCAGCCACUUCACUGACCUCACUUCCUCCACCUUCCUGAGGGCUUUAAAGCACAACCCAACAACAGGGACAGCACAGUCCCGCUGUUCUAAUCACCACCCCGUUCCCCAGUACUCUGCUGAAGCAGGGACAUGCAGCAGCCGAGGAGAACUGGGAAGUACUGCAUUUAUGCUGAUUGCAAGUGGCAGACCAAUACCAGCAAGGCCUUUGUGCCCCAGGAAAUCACUGGGGCUCUUUAUGGCUGCUGACUCUGUUCAUCCAGAAGCACCUUUUUGGAAUGUUCUGCUUCCCCUGCCAGUUGUUUAUUCAUGCAUCGACAAUGAGGAGCAGCUGAAGGAUCGUUUCCUGCUUUUCCUUAUCACAGACUUCCAGCUGGGAGUUGAAGAGGCACCUAUGACGUCGCCUGGACUGAGGGAUGAGAAGAGACCUUUGUGUCCACGCUUGGAAGGAGCUGGAAAGCCAUCCAGGGAUUCCAGCCUUUUGUAUGAAACUGGAUUGCCAGCACGUUCAGAAACCCCUGGAUGUUUCUUCAUGACAUCCCAACCUCAGUUUUGCCUCAGAGGAUCCCGAGUGGGUUUGGAACUGCUGCUCCCUCAGGGCCAGAGCAGAGGUGGAUUUCCAGACCCUUCCUAACACAGAAUUAUGGCCCAGGGAGCUCUUUGCCCACCAGAGACUGAGAGAAUCACACCCAAAGUCAUCAUUUGUGGGAUUCAAGCUGGGAGUUCACCAGCAGUGAGAGCACCUGGCUGGGGUUUCCACUGAUGUCAGACACAUCCCUGCACGUGGUUGGGCUGCCUGGAACUGAACAAGGGGUCACAGCCUCAGCAACUCAACCCCAGCGUUAUUGGAGCAAGGGCCUCCUGCCAGGGCUGCUCCGGCCUGGAGAUGCUGGCAGGGCGGCAGGAAAGCCAUCUUUGCCUCCACGCCGUCAGCGUUUCCACUGCCGGCUCCGGUGGCGUGGGAAGGAGGCAGCAGCUGGCUGAGGCCGAGGCC